AUGUAUGAAAUUCUCCAUCAAAACUUCAAAAAUGGCGACAACUCACGCACUGCAUCCGAAGACUGUGAGCAGCUCAAAAAGGCCUUCAAAGGAUGGGGAACCAAUGAGGACUUAAUCAUAUCCAUCUUGGGGCAUAGAAAUGCCGCUCAAAGAAAGGUAAUCCGACAAACUUAUGCUGAAGCUUAUGGAGAAGAUCUUCUCAAGGAGCUGGAAAAAGAACUUACAAGUGAUUUUGAGAGGAGUACACUGCUUUGGACACUUGAUCCAGCUGAACGCGAUGCAUUUUUGGCCAAUGAAGCAACAAAGAAGUGGACUAAAAGCAAUCAGGUUCUUACUGAAAUAGCCUGCAGUAGGUCUUCACUUGAACGACUCUUGGCAAGGCAGGCUUAUCACUCUCGCUAUAAGAAGUCCCUCAAAGAGGAUGUUGCACAUCACACAACCGGGGACUUUCGCAAGGUCGCAAGGUACCAGUGGCGGAUCCAGGAUUCUCGGGUCUAGGGGUCACAGUGUAAAAGUUUCGAAAUUUU